AGUAUCUAACUUAUUUCAGCCAUCUGGAUGAUGCCGAAGAAUUUCGAGUACGGUCUUUGGCCGGCCAGCGGAGAAAUUGAUAUCGUCGAGUCCCGAGGUAACGACAACUACGGUACUCUUGGCAACGGUUUUGCUGGUACCACACUGCACUGGGGCCCAGCCUUGAACCUCAACAAGUAUAACCUCACCCACGCAGAAUACUCCCCCGCCAACGGGACCUUCGCCGACAACUUCCACACGUGGCGCUUGGACUGGACGCCCGACGACAUAACGUUCUACCUAGACGACGCGGAAAUUUUAAAGGUGGACCCCGGCACCAACUUCUGGGACUUCGGCGGCCUGGCAUCCAGUGGCUACGAGAACCCCUGGCGCUACGGCACCAAAAUGGCUCCCUUCGAUAAGGAAGUAAGAGAAUAG